AUAGCAGUGGGGGUGCGCGUCAUGCUCCGAUUCAACAUCGACGUGGCGGACAAGCUCGUGAACGGCGCUUGCGGCAUCGUCCAGCACGUCGAAGCCGAGGACACGGGCGAGGCGAUCACCAUUCACAAGAGCCAAGCAGCGACCUGUCGGCAGGGCGCACACUGCAAACUCGACAGCACGGUCACUCAGCAGGGACAAGCCUACGUCGCGCUAUCUCGCUGCCCCACGCGGCAGCACUGCACGCUGGAAGUCUUCAACCCCAACUGCCUGAAGUUCAAUGUCCACGCGGAAUGGGCCCUGACGAGGCUGAAGGUACAGCAAGCAGAACAAGCAGGUUCCGAGCUGUGGCAGCAGCUGAUGAAGCCUCCACACAGCAGGCAGCACUACAUGGACGAGCUCGCGAAGCUGCGUCGUCCGAAUCUCCCGGGUCUGGAGGAGCAGAACAGCCAGCAGCUGCCCUGGACUUGCCCGCAAUGCGGCCAAGAGACAGCCAACACGAAAGCAGCCAUAGCAGCGCACAAGCGCGUGUGCCCAAAGAAAGCUGCAAAGCCGAGCCGAGCAAAGCCCAAGGCGAUCAGAGCAAGCGAGGAUACGUCGCACGACGUGGAGGGCGAGUUCUUCGAGAAACAGGAAGCGGCUCGAUGCGGACAGCAUGCCCUGAACAAUGCGUUGGGCUUCCAAUUCUGUACCGCAGACGACAUGCGGCACGCGGCAGAGACGUUCCUCUUCGAGAACCCCGACCUGCAGGACGAGCUGAACAUGCACGCUGGCGCGGGCGGAGAUUAUUCCAUCGAGGUCAUGAUGAUGGCAUUGAGGUCGCCAGCCAUGGCACGGUAUGACCGCGUGCGCUGGUGCAUGAGAGAUCAUCGAGCCACGUGCGUCGCCGACCUGGAGGGAACAGGGGUUG